GUCAAAUAAUAAAUAAAUAAUUAUAUUCAUGUUGUUAAAAUAGUAUGAACGUUCAGUAUAAACGGUUUGUUAAAUUGGCUGACGAUUAAUUCAAUUGACUGCAUUACCUAAAGUUUUUAUAUGACUAUAUGUAUUGUAUAAUUGUUGUAUUUAAUCUGCCUUUCAUGUAUCAAAUAAAAAAUAAAUUUUUUUCGUAAUAACAAAACAGUACAAGUGUCGCUCGAAUAAGCUACUUGCCGCUUAAAUUAAUCGAAGUUUGAUUAACAAUCAUCCCGAGGCUAUAUUACAUUUUGUCUUUUUAUUACCUUGUAUAAAUAGAAAAAUUGAUACAAACGUAGAUCAAGGUACAAUAGACUCAAUUUUUAAUUUUACAUCCCCUCUCCAAACUUGGAUUUACCUCACGCGUAAUAUAAAUAAAGAAAUCAUACAUAUGAUAUAAGAAGUGCCAUGCUGCUGCACUUUUCUUAUUUGACAUGUGACUGAUUGAUUUUUCUGUACAUACACAUUACGUGACUUUAUGCAAAUUCAUUUCGAAGGAUGAAAGAGUAUUUUCGAAAAAUGACAUUAAUUUCUAUGCAUAUAUUCUUUAUAUUAAAGCAAAAAACCGCUUUCUUUAAAAAAAAAAUCUCUUAUAAGAUAUAUUAUAUUACAUAAAAAUGGAAAAAUUAAAAUAACUAUAAUGGACUUACUGAAGAUAAAACGACAAUAAUUUUUAUUUUGAAAUAAUGUUUCAAGAUAUUUCUCAUUUUUAUAAGUUUUACGAAAUUUUUCUGUAUAUAUUUACAUUAAAAAAUAUACUCUCCUGUUGUAUCAAUAAUGUUUAUCUUGAUUAAAUCGAUAACCUUUUUAAAAGAAUUUAAAAAAUAAAUUAAAAUUAUAAGUAUGUAUAAUAAAAAAUAUGUUUUAUGCGUGAAUAAUUUGAUGAAAGUUAUUCUUUUAUUUUUCUUUUUUAUCUAUUUUAUAUUAAAAAAUUUAUUUACUUAUAUUUUAAUUAUAGAAACAAAAAUAGAUAAGUAUACUUAUAUUUCGAUUAUGUUAAAAUUUUGAUAACACGAUGAAUAUCUUUCUGUGUUGGUACAGUCUCUUUGAACUUUAAUAUCAGCUUUAAUAAUAUUUCUAUAUUCUCAGAGAUUUCAAAGAGAAGUAUAUUCUUUUGGAUGUCUCACCUCUCGUUCUAUAAAAAAGUUCAAUAAGAAUAAGCAUACAAGAACGAUGUCAUUGUUAUUUCAAGAACAAUGCCAUUUUUAUUUUAUUUCUAUAAUUGUAUAUACAAAAUUUAAUCUCUGCUUUUUUUUCUCUUUCUCUGCAAAGAUAAUAAUAGAAACACUCAUAAUUUUUUUAUUGCAAGCGAUACGUUCCUCAACUACGAAUUCCUGUGCCAUGAUCAAUAACGCACAAUAGCACAAACGUUAAACAAAUAUUUAAAAUUAAAAUAAUUGUUAGUUCUGCCAUUAAAUUUAAUGUAAAAAACAUUUUGCUCAUUGAAUUUGCGACAAAUAAGGAAAAAAGUGAAAUACAUGCAAAAAUACAAGUAGCAAAUUCAAUAAUUAAAAUUUAAUAAUCUGUUCGUAUUAAAAUAAAAAGCUUCCGGGAUUUUUUGCACUCGUCAAAAGUAACUCUUCUCGUACUUUUGAAAAACGCAAAGAAUACUUGGCGUUCUUUUGUCGUACACGAUAUCUAUUUAAACGUGUCAGUUUCCAAAAUACCUUUCGUCUUUACAUAAGAAUAAUUGUAAAUCUACGAUUUGUUUGGAAGUUAAAUUAUAUUAAUACAAUUUUAUGAUAAAUUGGAUGCAAUGUAGUGCGUUCUCUUCUUCCCUCUCUCUUUUUCACUGAAGGCUGUCAUACAUAAGGUGACACAAAAAAAUACAUGUAUACAGAUGUUCAGCACGAAUUAUAUCACGUGGUUUUUGUCGGGAUAUCUGUGUCAAACGUUUUAGUGGUUAAUAUUUAUAUACGUUAAUGCUUUUACAAUUAGACAAAUUUGUGUACAACAGCCUUUGUAGUUCACACUAGCAUGCACUAACGCAUCGGACUCAUUAUCAAAUGGCACAAGACGGUAAAUCUCGGCGAUAUCACCCGCGUGAACGAUUCAUCGGAUCAACACCACUGUAUGCAAAUGCCUGGAUUCGCACGCUUGCGCCGACAGUCACAGGAGAACGCCGAUAGAAUCUCCGCGCGUUUCGUUCGCAAAAAAGAAAAGAUAAAGAAAAAAAAGAAACGAAAACCCGUGCGGGGAAAAUCUUAAUAGUGACGCAGAACUUGGCGCUUCCUCUUGCCAAGGAAACCCGGAUUUGUGCGUUUUAGAAGCGAUAUGCGUGACGACGGACGCAGAGAUCGAAAAGUACCGUCGGUCGCUGAGCCCCCGACGAGGAUUUCGGCGCGUGUGCCGCGAACAUUUUUCCGCUGUCAGGUUUUUCCCCGCCCUUUUGUCGCCGCGGGGGGCGGCGUCGAACCGGACCGCCGCCCCUAGCUAGGCGAUCGCACGGCAUUGCGCGUAGCGGCCGCCACGAUGUCGGGCGCAGCUUCACGCGAGCGUCACGAUAGGUGGACGGGUUCCGGCUCGCUCGGGAAUGGCACCAACGGCGCGCCGGUUAACGCGGCGGGCUCGUCCCGUUCCGGGUGUCGGCGGCGACCGUGCGGGCCCAAUGAACGACGAGACGAGAGGGUCGCGCCGCCCGAAUAACGGCGCUCGUCCAAUGAUCGUCCGGCAGAUCUCCAGCAUCCACUUCUCCCGUCGGCGGUCCCUCCGCGCUCCUCUCCACGGCGUAUGGAGACCCUUCUCUCACACGCAAAAGGGGACAUCUCAUCACGACUCUUGGUAGCAGGCACUUCUCCGUAGUGGGCACUCCACUCAUCGUGUCGUCGUACGGGUUCUCCUCCGCGAGAGGCUGUGGGGCCUGUGCCCGGGCGGGCGAGCGAGCGCGAGCGGGCGAGCGCUGGUCGAGUGGGUCUAAGCGGCCGUGAGGACCUCUCCAGGAGUACCCGACAGAAGUCCUCUCCAUUCAUUCAUCCAUCCAUCCAGCCAGCCAGCCAGCCAAGCCAAGCCAAGCCAAGCCAGCCAGCCAGCCAGGCAGGCAGGCAGCCACCCAGCCAGCCAGCCAGCCAUCCAUCCAUCCAUCCAUAGAACGGCUCUUCUCCUACGGAGAGUGUAUCCUCGACGAAGGUGGAGGCGAAGCGUAGAGUGGUACAUCUACCAUCGUCUCUAUCGGCGGAAUCCAAGGACUCGAAGAGACCCCCGGUGUGAUUUCAGUCGGCGGCCGCCGGCCGGCUCUGGCCGGCCACUAUCGUCCUCGACCACGUGUGCAAGGUCGCCGCCGUGUCACCUCCGCGUGUCCCGUUUUCGGGAUUUCGGGAGGAGCGAAACGCAACCGACAACGGGCUACGCGCGUUCGCGCCGGCAGUGGUCCGCGCUCAGUUCGGACGAUCCCCUGGGAAAGAGAGAGAGAGAGAGCGAGAGAGCGAGCCAACCAAGUCGGCCGUUGGCCGACCGCGGCCUUUUCCGCGAUUUUUAUGUGUGUGACAGUUCGCCCCCGUGCGCCACGUGACAGUUCGCGUCCCCCGCGUCUCUUAACGUCAAUGUCACGGCCCGAGACUGGGAAAGGCAUCGAGAGAGCGGCGGCGACGCGGCCGACGACGGCGGGUACGUAAAACGGAAAAUGGAUAAAACUAUCAAACGAAACUCCCGCGGUGAAGAACCAAGCUCCAGUUCGCGUCUCGUGAGUCCGAUGCACUUCCGGUGGCUGUGUCUAUAAAUUUGAGCUAUGCGUGCGUUUAAGUUCUGCGAUCGGGCUCGCGAAAAGGGAGAAGGAGACGAACACCGGCUCGCGACGAAUGACAGUGGACUCCUCCACGUCGAUUUUGGGAACAAACGACCCUGGUGCUGGUGAAAACGGAAUCUUUUUUUUUUCUCUCAUUUGUGCGCCCGUGAUCUAUCGUAGCAACAACGAGUGACUUGUGAUAUUGUGGGAUUAGCUCAGCCGUGCGUACUGAUUUCAGUCUCAGGUGAGCGUCAUCGUUUAAGUGACACACUUUCGAGUUUUGACGGUGAGAAUCGGACAUUCGGAUCUAACGUUAAUCCGAGGUGCGACGAUCAUCAUCGAGAAUCGGUGAUCGCGAGUGGUGCAGGGGAGAGAAGGGAAGAGGAGAGAAAGAGAGAGAGAGAGAGAGAGUAGCGUCAUAAUGCGCCGUUGUUACGGCUAGCGCCGGCCUCAUCAUUCCACGAAGCGUGAGCUUCAAGUACUUCGACGGCGUCGGGCUGGCCGAGAUGAGCGGUGGCAGCGGCGGCGGCGGCGGAAACGGCGGCGGCAAUCAAGGUGGUAAUGGCAACGCGACGACCUAUCAUCAGCACCAACAGCAACAGCAGCAGCAGCAGCAACAGCAACAGCAACAACAGCAGCAGCAACAGCAGCAGCAACAAUCGCUGGAGCAGGCCGGCCUGCUGUCAGACCUCAAUGGCAUCGACCUGGCGAUGAGCCUGUCGCCGAAGCAGCACUCGUCCCACGUGCAAGCUGCCGGCGGUGCCCACACUACGCCCUUCAGCGUUACCGAUAUCCUGUCGCCGAUCGAGGAGUCAUACCGGAAGCUCGAGCUCGCUGCCGCCGCUGCCGCCGUUGGUGUCGGUGUCGGCGUCGUCGCGCACUCCCAAGGCUCGCCUUACGGGAACGCGUGCGGUGCGCGGGUGGGUGGCGGUAACACCGGCAGCUCGAGCGCGAGCAGCGGCAGCCCGCCGUUGCACGGCGGUUCGACGCCCGGCGGCAGCACCCCCGGACCGGUUUCCGUUGCCAACGGGGCCGCCCCCGGUGCGGGCGGCGGUGGCGGCGGCGGCGCCGUCGGUAGUGCCGGCGGAGGCAUGAGUGCCAUGGGUAAUCCUUACGCGACUAUGCAGCUCACGUCGCAAUACCAGUACUGCGCCGCGGAAUUGUCGCCGUACCAUCACGCCGGGCCCGGCGUGGGCGCCACGGCCACGGCCACGGACCCCAUGAGGUCCCACGCGGUGUCGUCGCACCAUCAUCCCUGGUACGCCCCGGCGCCGCCGACCACCAACGACCCGCGCUUUGCCAUCUCGCGACUGAUGGGCGCCGCGGCGGCGGGCGCCGGGACCAACAUGGCCGGCUGCUCGGUGGGCCAGUCAAUGGGCGAAAUGACCAAGUCGUCGGGAAUGGGGGUGGGCGUCGGCGUCGGCGUCGGCGUCGGCAUGGGCGUCGGCGCGAUGCAGUUUCCCCUCGCGCAGAGACGGAAGAGACGCGUGCUCUUCACCCAGGCCCAGGUCUACGAGCUCGAAAGGCGAUUCAAGCAGCAAAAGUACCUCAGCGCGCCCGAACGGGAGCAUCUGGCCUCCUUAAUUCACCUGACGCCCACGCAGGUGAAGAUAUGGUUCCAAAAUCAUCGGUAUAAAUGCAAGAGGCAAGCGAAGGAAAAGGCCAUGGCCGAGCAGAACGCCCAAAAUCAGAGUGCGAGCUCGCCGCGGCGGGUGGCGGUGCCGGUGCUGGUGAAGGACGGGAAGCCGUGCGGGAGCGGCGGCGGCGGCGGCGGGAACGAGGGGAGCCGCGGCGGGCCCAGCGCGGCCCUGGCGAGCCCGGCGCCGCACAUGACGGCGGCCUCGAGUCCCCACGGGACCCAUCACGCGGCGACCUCCUCGGUCGCCCAUCACUCGGUCGUCGCCGGCGUCAGCCACGUGAUGAGCUCGAGCCAGAGCCUGCAGCACUGCUCGUACACGCGGUCCGGCGCGCAGCAGGGUAUGCAGCAGCAACAGCAGCCGCAGUGCGGCGCGUACCUGCCGUUGCAGGGCCGCGCCUGGUAGUGCGCGCCAUCCGCGGCGGGGGCCGCGGCCUACGCCAAUCCCUCCGUCGCGGGCCCAUGGGCCCUCGCCGCGGAUCCAGCUGCCUGGUACGCCAUACCCGACGACAGUCCUUAAGGGAGGGAGGGAGGGAGGGAGAGAAACGCGCGGGGUCCCUCUUCUCGUCGAAACGGACGGAAAAAAGGUGCGGCGGUGGUGCGGGAUGAACCUGCUGGUGCCGCCGCUCUCUUUCUCUCUUUCGCUCUUUACGUAUCCAUGCUUCGAGGAAAGACGCAACCCCCGCGUGGCUGGUCUUUUCUUUUUUUUUCUCUCUCCUUCGGGGGGGAGUUGUCCGUGUAUAAUCCACGUCGGCCGAUUGGGAAAACGUCGUGACGUUACGGCGAUCGACGGACGUGCGCACGGUAACUGUUACAUUAGUGUGAUAAUUAGCGACCCCCUAUACGGUCAGCGAGUAUGCGCUCGCGGUUGAAAACGGGCCAACUGAUAUGGCGAAAUUAUGACGAGAACACUCGUAGUAACCGCCACUGUGAUUUUACAUCUGUCAUCGUGCGCAAAUCGAUAGUGAGCGCCCGUCGGUGCCGUUUUGUACGCGGAAUGGCGGAAUUUCGCGGUGGAAUCUCGCGCGAUUGCUAAUCUUUCCGCGGAUAUCCGUACCCGGCCGAAAGCGAAUCGGGAGAGAGAAAGAGAGAGAGAGAGAGAGACGUUUGUUCUUCCCGGGGAAGAACCUGCCCGCAUCCGAAAAUCUCGGUAACGCGAAAUCUUUUAAUCUCACCUUUUACCCGAGAUUACGGUAUUUCAGAGGCUGCGACCAGGUUAAAUUCCACAUUCGGGCGUUCUCCGCUUACAAUUAGACACGCCAGCCUUCCGAUCGUUUGACAAAUUAACAAAGUGUAAAAGAUGAGAGAAGGUUGUAAAAAAAUGAAUUUUCAAGAUAAUGAAUUUUCGAUAUUGCGAUAACGACUCGCUGGAACCAGAUUUAAGAGGUAAAGUCGCGAACAGCCGUCUUAGUUGUACUAUAUUCUUACGUUCAAAUGACAUUAAUAGAUACAUCACGAAACUAAUUGUUCGAGCAUAGGCUAUUGCGAGUUUAUGCUGCAAACUACAAUAUUUAAAACUUUUAGAGAAAAUCUUUGCCAGUAAUACAUUAAAAAAAAAAUUGUGUUCAAUGUGAAAAAAAACGGUAGCCCGUUAUUAAUUCACCAAAUCAGAUUCAAAACGGUAUUUAAAUAAAGUUGUAACAGAGCGCCGAUUCUGUUUUAUUUAUUUUUAUUCAAAUCUGAAAUUAGUUUCGUGAUUACAUGUAUAUAUUCAGGCAGAAAAAAGAGCCCAAUGAAAUAAAGAGAAAAUAUUGGAACCACAGCUAAAAUAAAAACCGCUACACUAAAUCACAAAUGGUCCGACGGAAAGAAAUCAAAGUUAUUUCCAGAAUUAUAAAGACUAAGAGAUAUUACUGUAAUGAUUUGCCUUUUUUUUUUCCUAAUUAGUUCGCCUUUUUCAGGCAAAAUUUGCUCGAAACGCGUUAUAUUUUUAUUUAAAGACACUUUAAUAUCCUAUAUUAUAAUCGUGAUGUUAAACUUCUAUGUUUGAAAAUCAGCAGAAAAUCAUUCCGAAUUUAUACGAUAUCUCUUCGUGUAAGAGUAAUCGACUUUUAUUGGCGUCAACGCCAAUCGUCAAAGCUAUACAUGCCUAUUUUUCGUAGGACGUACGCAAAAAAAAAAAACUAUUUCGGCCGAGGGAUAAAAAAGUGCAGUUUUUAGGGGCGAACGGAGAGGGGCGGAGGGGAAAGGGGGGGGAGGCUCGCAUAUAUCCGAAUCUCGGUGAUUUGCGGAGGUUGGCUCUCGCUGUGCGCGAAAUAAACGACAUUGUAGAGCGCCGGCCACCGCGUCGCGACGCCCGGAAACAAAACACGGCCGGCGCCCGGCUACAAUCGAGAGCACGGGGAGCGAAACGGAUUGUUCGCUCUCGCGAAUUAUCGUUGCCCCCUCCUACCCCCCCUUCCCCCCCGGGGUGUCCACUCGAUGGAUUGGAAACCCGUCGAUUCGAAUUACGAAAUAGUACACCGCGUCGCGUGAUUGUGACUCGAUUUCACCGACAGUGCGCGACAUCCGAGACAUGCACUCUUUCGGCGCGAGCGACAUUGUCGCCCGGAAAGUCGCUUCCAGACAAUGUGUGCCGCGCACGUUUGUCAAAUGUUCGGCGAACAUUCCCUGCGCCAUUCCCCUCUCCCCUUUCCCUUCCCCGCUCGUAUUUACAGAUAGAUUUUGCUGCAUUGUCGCGCGCGAGUACGAUACGCCCGCGCGGUACAUCGCAUUUUCAUCAGUUAUGCCCGGAGCCUCGCGAAUCUCGGGAUUUUUUUACUUUGCGCGAAUUCCGAGCAAACUUUUAAUUGUUACAUUCGCGCAAGUACCGUAAGUCGAGCCUCUAUAACGCCAAAUAACUCGGAAGCUGCGUACAACGAUUUAAUCGAUUGUAUUUCUGCCUGUACAAUUUAUAUUUUUCACAUGCGAAAAAAUUCGUUUGCGGAAGAUUAAACGAACGGUAAAGUCUCUCUUUUUUUUUUAUUCUUCUCUUUUUCCGUCAAGACUCGCGAGCGUCAUGCGAUUCAUCGGGACGACUUUACCUCUACGGACCAGUGACGCGGUUUUGUUCGCGAAAAAGAGAGAGAAAGCUCUCUCUCGAGACUUUCCUUUUUUGCGAUAAAAAAAGAAGAAGUGGGACGAACGGUGAAAGAUAUGCGACGGAACGUGCGAGAGGAGCCGCGUUCGCGUCGCGAGUGAGGAUCUUAGGACAAGUUUACGAUUUCGCACAUUCAUUUGUAAAUGACACCUAUAUUGUAAAUACACGUUUGUUAUAAGCGAAACGUUGUGCGAAGAGGAGCGGAAGUGUGUCGCGCGCGCGAGAUGUGUAUGUGUGUGUGUGUAUGUGUGUGUGCGUGUCGACAACGAAUUUCUAAAUCGAGAGCGAUGACGUUCAUUAUACAUAAACGAUUUAGAGGAGACGAGCGCAUUAUCGAGCAUUACAGUAUAACGAUUACGCAAAACAAAAAAAAAGUAUAGGAUUGACGAUAGUGAGUAGUGUGUCGUGGUGAGAAAAUCAGCUAGAGAUUAUUAUAAAGUUUUGUAAAUAAUGAAAGAGAUAUUAAUAAAACGAUACUUAUUCAAACACCAA